UCCCUGCCUAUGGCAGGGGGUUGGAAGAAGAUGAUCUUUGAGAUCCCUUUCAACCUAAACCAUUCUAGAAUGAUUCUCUGGAGCUAUAUAUCUUUUUAUGUUGUAUAUAUUUUUUAUGUUGUUUAUAUUUUUAUAUAAAUUGAUAUUAGUUCUUCACCCAGCUCUUAUUUGUCCAGCAGAGAUUCUGUGUAAAUAAUUAUCAGGGAGUUAGGCACUUUGUGAGGUGCAUUAGCAGAAAUGUUGCAGAAAUGGAAAUGUUAUGUUCUGGUUUCUCUGGGCUGGUGUUGCACAGGUGAGCCUGACAUGAAAUAUGUAUGUUUUAUGAGAGUCGAGAAGGUGCUGGAUGGAUUUUGCUCUCAUCCAGAUAACGAUGUCUGUGAAUAUGAAGCCUGUUUCCUAUUAACAGCUGUUCCUGCAGUCUUGAAAUUCACUUUUCACAAAUGGGUCUGUUCAUGAAAGAGUAGUGCUUUCCUGGGAAGAUCAUAAAAGAGCGACGGGUUGUAUCUUAACAAAGUCCUUCCAGAGCUUGGUAUUUUGUGGAGUUUGUAACUGCCUAAGGAGCUGCCUUUCACCUUUCUGAACAAAAGGCAUCAUGGAAGGGAUCUCCAACAAAUGCUGCAGGGGCAGAUUUUAGUGGAACAGAGAUGGGAUUCAGGUUGAAGGAGUCGGGAGCAGAGAUGAAAUAGUCCCCUGGAUGUGUUUUAGUAUUGGAGGCAGGGGGAUUCCCAAAGGCAAAAACGGGAUUGAUAGAAAUAGGUGUUGCUUGUGCCUGUGACAUGAAAGGGUAUUUUGAGAGACGUGGGAGUGCCCAGCUGGAGAGGAAAGAAGAGCAGCGCUGGAAGGCCACUUUAAUUCAGGAAUGCCUUGUGUGAUGGGUUAGUCAGGCUUUCUGCUCAUCCUACAAAGUGAGGGAUCAUUGGCAUUUUCAGGCUCUUCGAAUUUAAUUUAACCUGUGCUUAAAGGACAGCCGUCUUGAAUCUUGCAGACUGAGCAGCUCACCUGUAGAUGGAGGAGUCUGAAAAAGUGCUGUAUAUUUGGCACUGAGCAGUGGCUCCAUGUGAUGUGUGCAUGAACCAUGGCCUGCUUUAACAGAGGGGUCUGAAAAGUGCAGAAAGGAGGGAAAGCUGCAUGGAAAGAAUCUAAUUUUCUUUGGCUCUAUCUGCUGGCUUUCAGAGCAGUCACUAAUUCUGUCUUCUAUUUUAUUCUUUUAUAUAUAAUAGCGUGGGUGUGGACUGGGAAUUAUUUUAAGCCCUGUGGAUGUGGCUCAGCAAUUUCAAAUGUGGUUAGAAGUGUGAUUUUAAAAACAAAGGGAAACUCCUUCAAAUCUGCACCUGGAAAAUUUAAUUUUCCAGUGUGGUGUAGCUCACCUCUGCUUUCCCACUCUCAGUUUUGGAAACUUCUUAUCACUUUGUAAAUCACUUUGCAAAACACCCAUAUCUUUCAGUUGAACUAUGUGCUCUAAGGUUGAGAAGUGUUCCUAGUUAUUAAGGGAGUGCAAUUGGGUAACUAUUUUAUUAGAUAUUCAUGGAUGGAUUGUUUAAUUAGGUAGAUAGAGGAUCGGAUCAUAUGUUUGCAAUCUAAGGAGAAAAAUUCAGAAAGUUUAAUUAAAGAUUAGUUUUAAAAUUUGAUGUCAGAAGUGAUGUGAAGUUUCAGUGUGGACACUUAAUUAAAAUCAGUUUAGUUCAUGCUGGAAGUGAAUAGGAAUGAAGGAAAUUUAAGCUUACCAUGGCUACAGAUGUGGGGGUGUACCAAGGUCAUUAAUGCAUGUUAACUCAUACUUUUAAAAUUAAUUCCUGACGUUAAUUUGGCUUGAUUCUUUCCAUCUGUCCAUGCAGACAACACUCUGGAAGUUUCACAUUUUUUGAGAUAUUGCAGAAAUUACUUCUUCUCCCCACUAUUCCUUCGCAGCAUCUGAGCUGAGAUUUUACACUGGAUGAGGACUGCACGUCAAGCCCUGCAGGCUAGAGAAUUCGAUUAAGAGGGACAUGAGAGCAUGAAGAAUUGCAUGGAUGUGCUUCCUGUGGUGGCACCUCCUACAGAUCUUACCUGGCAACCUACUGCUGCCUGGAAGGGAAUGACAAGGAACUGCUGUGGGCAGCAAGGGAACCUGGAGAUGAAGGUGUUUCUUGAACUCUUCAGUGCACCACAGAACUGUUGUGUUUUGGGAUAUUCUGCUUAAGCCUUCAGAAGAAAAUCUGCCAAGAGCCAAAAAUGACUUGAGUUGGAGAGCUGAUGCUUUUUCCACGGGACCAGCUUCCAGUGGACCAUUUGGAUGCACCAUACACUAUGGUUCACAUCAAUGUGUUGAAAAAAUUAAUGUGUGUUCUUGUGGUGAUACUGGUAGCACUGACAGUUUGCCUGUGGAGAGAGACAAGAAGAAGCUACUACAAUCCUUUCAAGAUUGAGAACGAUGAUUUGCAGGGUCACAGGAGUUCAGAAAAAUGGAACACUGUUAAAUCACAAGGCCUCUUCCGUGAAGCAGCCAGCGAGUUGGGUCAGGUAUCCAAAACAUGGCUUGGUACCCAAAACAAACCAAAAGGCAGCAUCUCUGAAACAGUGGAAAAGUCCAAGAAAGCAGCAGCCUCUGUGAAGGUAUGGGAUAAGGACAGUUCAUCCAAAAAUCUCAUACCCAGGCUGCAGAAGGUCAGAAAAAACUACCUGGCCAUGAACAAGUACAAUGUGACUUACAGUGGGAAGAGGAACACUGCUAAACUCAGCCCGGAGAAGCUGCUGUGCCAGCUGCGGGACAGGGUCAACGUGACCAUGAUACAGGGGUCAGAUGGUCCUUUUGGUACCUCUGAAUGGCAGCAAUACCUACCAGGGAAGAGCCUCAGUGAAACAGUGGGCCACCUGGGUCGCUGUGCUGUCGUGUCCUCAGCUGGGUCUCUGAAAUCAUCUCAUCUGGGACAAGAGAUAGACAGCCACGAUGCUGUCUUGCGGUUCAAUGGGGCUCCCAUCAAGGGCUUUCAAGAUGACGUGGGGCAGAAGACAACAAUCCGUCUUGUCAAUUCCCAGCUUGUCACUGUUGAAGAGAAGCAGUUCCUGAGGGAAGCGCUAUAUAACACUGGAAUUUUAAUUGUCUGGGAUCCAGCACCUUAUCAUGCAGAAAUUCAUGAGUGGUACAGAAAACCAGACUACAACUUUUUUGAAAGCUAUAAGGCGUAUCGUAGAACACAUCCAGAGCAGCCCUUCUAUAUCCUGAAUCCAAAAAUGCAGUGGCAACUCUGGGACAUUCUGCAGGAGAAUUCCCUGGAGCAUAUUCAGCCUAAUCCACCGUCAUCAGGAAUGCUUGGCAUUGUGAUCAUGAUGACACUCUGUGAUGAGGUGGACGUGUACGAAUUCCUCCCUUCCAAGCGGCAGACGGACAUUUGCCACUAUUACCAGAAGUUUCAUGACCACGCCUGCACCAUGGGAGCUUACCACCCUCUGCUCUUCGAGAAGAACCUGGUGAAGCACAUGAACCAGGGCACAGACGAGGACAUCUAUACUCAUGGGAAAGCCACCCUGCCCGGCUUCCGAAAAGCGCGUUGCUAAUGGAUUGGUGUUUAGUUUUCCUUGACUGUCAAAGCACUUUUUAAAUCAGGGUUGUCAGAUUUGUUAGGUCUAAGCACUGGUGUGUUUUGACAGCUCUUCCAUGUAGCAGCGCUUGCUCUUAGGACUUCGUUGACCAGCUCUGUGAGGUGGUGUUAACUCACUGUGGUACAUCCACACCAUAUCUGCAUGAGUCACUGCAAUAAAUUCACUCCCAGUGGAGCCAGGCUCAUGCAGUGGGUGGAUACCUCUGUCUGCCUCUCAGCCCAUGAUGGUGUGGGGGAGGUGCAGGAGAGGCUUUCUGAGCAGAGAUUGCACAAGUUGGGAUCAAAUGGUGAAUACAGUUUGGUUUGCUUAAAAAGGGUUAUGACAGCCAAAAACCUGGUCCAUUGGGAAACAAGAGAAAUAAUUUAAAAUUUGUUCCCAUAGUCCUAGGAGCUCUUCAGAGCAGGACUGAUCUAUGGAAAUGCUGUCAAGCUGUGUACUGAUAAGCUAAAUUCCUUGUCCAAAAUAUUUCAUUUUAUAAAUAGUUUGUAAAAUUACCUUGACAACUUCCUUCUGAAUUGUAAGACUUCUAAAACCACUCAGGUGACAUUUUUGACCAAGGAAGAGGGAGGCAAUUCACAAUUCAGUGAUUCUUGCAAGACUUUUAAAUCUUGUUACUUUUUUAAAAAUAAUUUAAAAUAAAUUUUAGUGAACAUUUACUUCUCCAGUACAGUGUUGGGCUUGGUACAGAAGAACCCUUAUUUCAGAAAUGUUUUGGGGAAGAUGCUCCAAGGCACACAUGGGAGAGCUCACUGGAAGUCAGUACCUCUUUCCAGCUGUCUGCUGCUCUACCUUUGCAAUUGUUGGCAAAUUACUUCCUGUCCCCAGUAACAAAUACCACAGAGCUGCUUCUAGAUGAGUUCCAGUCUUCUGCAAGCUACCAGAAGGAAUCUCUCGGCUGCUGUGUGCUUUUCUGAGUAGGUGGGGAGCAGAUUUACUGCUUCCAUGCUUCAUGAGGUGUGAGGAGGGAGAGUGUGCUCUGCUUCUCAUGCUGAAACAGGCAGAACUGAGAAGGGCAGCUUUUUCCUGCUCCAGGGGACUCCUGUGGCAGCAUGAUGGAAGUAGUAGCUGUGCAAUCUCUUGUAUGCUGGUGAGAACACCUUCCCUGUCUCCUGUACUGGUGUGUUUCAUCAGGUCUGUAAAGAAAGCUUUUUCUUCUCCUGUUUUGAAUAAAUCCUGUGAAGUCA